CGCCGCCGCCGCACGCGCCAGGGAGAGUUGCUCGUCGCGCAUUCCGUGCCCGCUCGCCUCGGCCCCCUCCCUCUCUCUCUGGUUCGUCCGUGCUUCCUCGAUCUGUCCCUCCUUUGCCCCCCCGCAGCUCGGGCCCUGUUCCCCUCGCGCGGACGAAAGGCCGGUCUGAGUUGGAUCAUCCUCAGCAAUGGUGUACUGUGGUCACUGUCAGGAUUACUGCCCGUGUGUAAAGGACCCUGACAACGGGAUCACAUGUUGUGGAAUAUGCGGGAAGGUUCUUGAUCAGGACAUUUAUGAUGAUGGGCCUUCUUUUGUUAAGGACCCCUCGGGACAGAGCCGGUUAAAUGGAUCAAUUAUUAAAGCAAUUGAGGAUGGCUGUUCAAUAUCCCGUGAAAGAACCGAAGCGAAAGGGAGAGACGAGAUUUGGCAGAUUGUCCAUGGCUUGCAUGUGAGUGGUGGAGAUGAUAUCGUUUGCACUGCUCAUAACUUUUAUAAACUAGCUCUUGACAAUAGCUUCACGAAGGGACGCCGGACAACUCAUGUUGCAGCUGCUUGUCUUUACAUUGCUUGCCGGCGAGGUGAAAAACCUUAUCUUCUUAUUGAUUUCUCGGACUAUUUGCAUAUAAGUGUUUAUGUCCUAGGUGCUGUUUUUCUGCAGCUUUGCCAAGUUUUGCUACUCGGAGAACACCCAAUUGUUCAAAAGCUUGUAGAUCCUUGCCUUUUCAUCCAUCGUUUUACCGAACGUCUACUGGGAAAAAGGAACAAUGCUGUCUCAGACACAGCUUUACGCAUUGUAGCUAGCAUGAAGCGAGACUGGAUGCAGACUGGGAGGAAGCCAAGUGGUUUAUGUGGUGCAGCAUUAUACAUUGCCGCACUUUCUCAUGGAUAUGAUUAUACCAAGGCAGAUAUUGCUGCUGUUGUGCAUGUCUGUGAGGCAACUCUAUUUAAGCGCUUGAUAGAGUUUGAAAAUACAGAUUCUGGUAGCUCAACGAUUGAAGAUUUUUUGGCAAAGGCUGAUGAAGAGACAGUUCUAAAAUGUUCAGCCAAGUAUGGAGAAGUCCUUUGCGAGCACAAGGAUAAGGGUGCUGAGCAUUUUUCUCAUGGACUUUGUGAGGAAUGCUACGACAAUUUCAUUGAACUGUCAGGUGGACUGGAGGGUGGUGCUGACCCUCCAGCUUUCCGGCGAGCUGAAAAACACAGACAGGAUGCUGCUAAAAGAUCUAAGGAAACUGCCGUGGUCGAGGAAACAUUAUGUGAGUUACAUAGUUCUGAUGUUGAGGAUAACAUCAUGAGCCCUGGGAAGAACUUUGGAGGCAAAUCUUCGACAAUUAGUUCCAGUCAAACUGCAAAUGAUUUUGUUGCCCCCGACCAUCCUGAAGUGGAAGGUGAAAAUGGUAAAGCUGAUUCUGAUCCUGAAAAUCUUUCUGAUAUUGAUGAUGUGGAGGUUGACGGGUAUCUUCACAAUGAGGAAGAAACACAGAACAAAAAGAUCAUCUGGGAGGAAAUGAACAAAGAAUACCUAGAGGAACAAGCUGCAAAGGAAGCUUUAGCGGCUGAAUUGGCAGCGAGAGGUGUAUCUGUUGGAGAGGGACGACCGAAGAAACGGAAACGUAAUGAGGACAACUCCACACCUGCUGAAACACCAGCAGAAGCAACAUGCAACAUGUUGAAACGGAAGGGAAUUGGGUCAAAAAUCAAUGUUGAAGCUGUUAGUGGAUUGUACAAUACUGAAGAUGGAGUUGGCAAAUCAAAUGGCAAAGAUGAUGUGCACUUUGAUGAGGAAUAUGAACAGGAUAUCGGUUAUGGUGAAACAUUUGAUGCUAGUUAUGACUAUUGUCUCGACGCUGAUUACAACAACGAAGGCUACGUUGAUGAGGGUGGUGGUGGAGCCUAUGAUGAUUAUCAUGAUGCUGAUUACUAGUACUCCCUCCGUUCUAUAAGGCGUUUUAGGCAGCUGGUUUUGAACUGUUUAGAACACUGUCUGAACAGACUAAAACGUCUUAUAUAAGUGAACUAAGGGAGUAGCAGUUUUCUGCAGAGUGGCAACCUGACCAAAAUCUGUUCCGACUACCAAGGCAAACCGAAAAUCUUAUUCUACAUAGUAUAUCUUUCCUACUUAUAAAGAUUUGAGUUGGUGGUGAGUUCACUCACCUAUUCA